AAUACCCCGGAAAAACAGAGGCUUAGCCCACCUAUUGCAUUUGUUUAUGGCCAAUCUAAAUUAGAACCAUUUGACCAAAACACCCAUCCGUACUAUGCGCAGGAGGCCGGAAAAGUGGAACUAAUAGGCUUUUGGUGGAGAACCUCCCUAAUAGAACUGAAUUGCUAUUCCCUAGAAUGGGAUUCCGUAUCACAAGUAUUGGUCAAAUUUUUUUACAUAAUUAAUUCCUAACUUUUUCCAUCCCAAUCCCCAACCGAGUAACUGACCGUUUAAGAAUUUAUAUUACUAUUUUGUUUUUUCCGCAAAAAAGAAGUAAAAAUAAAGAAAUUACUAUUUUAGUUUUCUUCAAAUAUUCGGUGCCUGGCGGAUUCUCCCUCCCCUUUUACCGAGUUGGUUACCUAAUCAAUCACGGUUUGUUACCUUGGCUUUAAUAAUUCAUUGUUAGGGUUAUACGGUAUCUAUAUAUAGAUCCAGAGAUCAACAUAUUCCUUGCUCACAGAUCAAUGCAGACGAAAUAAACUGCUCGACCUAGCUACGUCUCUCAAACUUCAACAUCGCUCUGAACCCUAACUAAGGUUAGUGUCAGCAAUCCAUGACAUUGUUUCUCAUUAUACUCUUUGGUUAAUUUUCCGGUAUCACGAAAGUAAGAUAAGUGGAUUGUUUGUUUCUCUGCCGAUGAUCACCAUUAUGAUGAGAUCUGGUUAUAAUUUAGUUUUCGGAGCUCCUCCAUCGAUUUACACGCUUUCUUUUUGUUUCUCAAUCGCAUUGAUUUAUGCAUGAGUUUAUGGUGUUUAAGGUUUGGGGUUGAUUAUCAUGCUUGAUGUUGGAUUAAGUCAAUGGAUCAACGUUUCAUAGGAAGUAUUAGGUUUAUAUGGAUUCGUCGGAUACUCAUAAAUGUAGAAUAGAGCUGAUCUGCGUUACAACUGGUUACGUCGCGGUUUAUGUUUGUAGUUGUUGUAGAAAAUACCAUAGUUAUGUUGCGUUUGAUUUGCUUACAAGAUUGAUUAAUUUUUGCAGGAGGGAGGAAGAUUGUCGUGAUCAAGAAGGAGAAUGGAGGCCGGUGGAGUGAAGAACGCGACGGUGAUUAAGGUGAUCGGGAGGACAGGGUCGCGAGGGCAGGUGACCCAAGUGAGAGUCGAAUUCAUUGACAACACCAAGCGUCAGAUCACUAGGAACGUCAAAGGCCCUGUUCGGGUCGGCGACGUCAUCACCCUCCUUGAAACUGAGAGGGAGGCCAGGAGGCUCCGCUAGAAACUAGCUACCUUAAACCCUACCCUACUUCAUGUCCUCUCUUUCUUCUGCCCAGUGCUUUGAUAGAUAGAGAUAUUCGGAUUCCAAGUUUGUUUUAUGCUCCUCUUCUUAUGGCAGAUUGUUUGAUCGUCGGUAAUAAUAGCAUAAAGUAACG